AUGCAGGUGGAUCCCGUUCAGCGCUGCGCCCCAAACCCUCCCAAAGCCGUUCGCUUGUUUGGCCUGUCGUGGCGAGGUAGGAUUCCCACACAAAAGCCCUUCCGAGAGCUUGAAUAUUCACAGAAAUCGAAAGUGUGGUUGGAAUGCGCGUGGCGAGUGUUGUCCUUGGCGCGUGUGCAAAAGGGGCGGGGCGGGGUGCAGGGGGGGUGGGGAUUCCCCCUCCCCUGGCGGGCGCCGGCUGAAGCUGAGCAGACGCGUGGCGUCGGCGCGUUCCCCAGCGAUUGCGGCAUUCCCCAGGGAUGGCUGCGCGAACCGCGUCGCGCCGCGGCCCGAUUCCCACUACUGCGCCUGACGGUUGUUGGUUUGUUUGGGCCGCGGAUUUGGGGACUUCCGGAACGCAAUGCUGUGCGUAUCAGGCGAAUCGCGGGAAAGAAGGCGCGGCGAAAGAGGGCGGCCAACGGCAGAGAUCCAGUUGAAGCGGUAAGAAAUCUAACCGUGAUGGAUCGAGUGCCAAACCAAAGGUUUAUUCGUGAAUUGGCCCAAGGAUUUGAAGCUGUUAAUGAAAAUAGAAUAAUUAAAAUGCCCCAUUUUCUCAUUAAAAACAGCGCAACUGUUCACCCCCGCAGUCGCUCGCUGGAGGCGCAGCGGCGCGCGAGCGUCUGUACGGGCGGGCGGGUGGGCGAGCGGCCGGGCGGGCGGCGGGCGGCGGCGGCGGCGGGUGGCCCCGUUCGGCGCGGGGGCGGAGGCGGGGCAGGGACAGGGGGUGAGUCUAUUUUGGCUGCGGAUGCGCGCGCGCCGCGCCGCCCCGCCCCGCCCCCGCCCCCGCCACCUGGUGGCUGCGCGCCGUCCCGUUACGCCGCUCCCAACACGCGCCUCUCAGCCGAACGUUUCAAAAUCGAAGGCAAAAUUGCCGCGAAUCUACCUCACCCGAGUGUACCAGCAACAGCGUACGCACACGAUUCAUUAAUGAGUGAGGCAUUUCAGAUGGGAAAAAGCAUACCGCUGUUUUCCCCUCAAUCAGUUGAACAAAAGUAA